UUCCACCUGACUGUUGGAGGAGGAAGCCCAGGUGACUUCAAGGAAUGAGUGAUUUGCUAAAAAGGGAAAUAGUAGAGAUGUUGGAAGUCUGAAACAUAAAUGGAAAAUGCUGAAAACAGUUGACAGUUCAGGCAGCAUCUGCGGAGCAAGGAACGCCGGACUCCGGCCAAAAAUCCCUGGUCGCUGACGGGGUGUUUCAGAUUAACAAUUCGUAUAACCAGGUCAAGAUUCUUUUCUAAACUGAGCAUUUGGAACACAUCAGUGUGAUACCACAAUGAAAGAGUUCAGAAAACGUAAGGAUGGCGAAUUCUGGAAACACUCUAAAGAAAGAAAUGGUUGCCCGGUUCCAUGAGACUGCUGCUAAAGGAGAUGCAGCAAAAUUAUCCACUAUGCUAACUUACUCUACGUCUCUUGUUGAUGAAGUGGAUGAGAAGGGCUGGACUGCUUUGAUGUAUGCCAGCAGGAAUGGACAUUUUGAGGUGGCCCGCCUGCUACUUGAAAAGGGCUGUAAUCAAUCUCUUUCAAAUAAAUCAGGACAAACUGCACAGGACAUUGCUAAAUUCUGGGGCUACAGAACUAUUGCUGAUUUAUUGGCAAAUCCUACACAUGCUGCAGGAACUGGAACAAGGCCUGAUGGGCUGCAGGAAGAGAAUGAAAACUAUUUCGGCAGAACGCUGCUGAAUAAACUAAGUGAAAAAAGAAGUGAUUCCGAUUGGCUAAAAGCCAAACAGAUUCACCCAGCCACUGUCUACAUCUUAUUUUCCAACUUAAAUCCAUUGGUUAUUUCACCAAAAUAUAACGAGUCCAGAAAGCCUGACAUUCAACUCUGCAGGUUGAACUAUGAAGAUGUUGAGCAGGUCUUGGCCAAACCAGAAGUCACUUCUGUUUUUCUCGGAGUAGAGCAGCAGAACAGAACUGGAGGGUCACAAAUGAAAUGUUUGGAGAGCAAAGAUUCAGCAGAUGAUGACGGGCUUCUUGCCUGGUUUGCAUUGAAUUCAAAUUAUGAAUCUGCCGAUAACUUUAAGAUUAAAUCCCCAGGUUGUCGCUUUCUCCAACCAGUUUUGCCACAUCUACUGAACUUAAAUCAGGAGGAGGCCGGUGUGGUUGCACAGGCCAGGUCUGUCCUUGACUGGCACAAUAGAUACAGGUUCUGCCCUACCUGUGGAAGCGAUACAAAAGUUACAGAGGGCGGGUACAAGAGGGUAUGCUUAAAGGAAAACUGUCCAAGUCUACAAGGAAUUCAAAACACCUCCUAUCCACGUGUAGAUCCAGUGGUAAUAAUGCUGGUCAUUCAUCCUGAUGGUAAUAAUUGCCUUCUGGGAAGACAGAGACGAUACCCCCCAGGAAUGUUUUCCUGUCUGGCUGGAUUUAUUGAACCAGGAGAGACAAUAGAGGAUGCUGUUCGAAGGGAAGUAGCCGAAGAGACCACAGUCAAUGUUGGACAUGUUCAAUAUGUUUCCAGUCAGCCUUGGCCACUGCCAUCAUCACUCAUGAUUGGUUGCCUAGCUAAUGCUCUAUCAACUGAAAUUAUUGUGGACAAGGCAGAAAUUGUAGAUGCACGAUGGUUCAGUCGGCAGCAGAUAAUUGAAAUUAUGACCGAACAGGAUCACCCUAUGAGUAUACCUCCGCAGCAAACCAUUGCAAACCAGCUAAUUAAACAGUGGCUUAAAAAGAAUGCAAAUCUCUGAAUGUGUUGCUAGGGUAGCAUCUUCCUAAUAAGCUGCAUUAAGACAGAUGAUUCGAGAAGCCCUCAACUGGAAAAGCAGACACUGUAAAUAAAGAAAUCUUCUGUAUAGUGAAGUGAGAAUUACAAAUCUGUAUGAAUUUCUGCCUAACUUAUUGCUUGUAAAAUUCCUCACAUUGAUUGUUAACUAUGAAAUUUACAUAUCAGGAAUAACAUAUUCUCAGAUAUUUACCAAUUGAUCAGAAACUUUAAAUUGCCAGAAAAUAAAUAAUCUGCUCCAACAUCAUAAUUUCUCUAAUUUCAAAUACUUUGUGGACAAUUUGCUUUGCUGUACAAAAAGAAAAAUCACCAGAAAUUGUAGACCGGAUUUUCUUUCCUGUGGAGACUGUCAGGCCUUGUUUCUAUUUUUAGAAUUAUUUUCCACCAAAUACCAGCUUGUAAACAAAUCAAGAAGUUUAAAAUGAUUAACUUCUUUGUAAGUCAUCAAUUUAGCAUUACUGGAAAUGAUUUGAGCCUUCAGAGGAAACCCUACUGGGCAAUUGAAAUCUGCUGGAAUCUAGUUUGUAACCAGGCAAAUAACAGGUAAUUCUUGCCACUGAAUCAAGGACUUGCCAAUUCCCUUUAAUCACUGAGCAGCAAUAUUGAAAUUCAUAAUGUAGAUUUUAAAGGUAAAGUUCUGUUGUAAUUACAUGUUCUUUUUGAAAUUAUUUUACUAUAAAACAAAUUUUAUCAUGGUGCAGGAUAUAAUAAAGAUGACUUUUCAAUAAGAUAUUAAAUAUCAAGUUAGCUUCUGCUUUGUUAAAUUUCAAUAAUUGUUUUGUUACUUUUCUUGACAUACAGUACCACUUACCAUACUUUGUGGUCAGUAGCAUGUCAUCCACAUUCAAUAUUGCUUACAAGAAUUAUUCACACUUUUCAGCACCCCUAUAAAAAAAAUCUUGCAAGUUGCUGGCUCCAUUUUCAGUGGGAAGAUUGUAUGUUUGUCAGUGCCCUCCUCCUCUUAAACCCCAGCAAAUGAAACGAGCAGGAAGAGUCUACCAACAACACAGAUUAAAUGAACUGACAGUUGACUCCGUUUAGGCACCUGGUUUAGCAGGCUGUCGAAACCUUUGAAUAUUUCUGAUGUCUUGUUCAUUCAAAAACCAUAAGAAAACUAUGCUAUACUCAAAAUUUGAAAAAUAAUAAAAAUUGAA